AUUCCAAAUCCAACUCACGUCGAUCAUGACAGUGGUUCGAUACGGUAUUGCUCUCUAUGAGUUAGCUGGGGCACAGCCGCCUGCCAACUUCCACUGGGCCAUCGUUACGACUACAUCGUCAGAUUGGACAGUUGACGUCCACAAGAUGUCCAUCGUCAAUCACAGGGGCUCCGCAACAAUUCCUUGGGAAUUUCACUAUCGCCUGUUCAAAUCCAUGUACUCCCAGACGCUGGUCGGUAUCGUAGAGGUCUUUACCAGCGCUUCAUUCCCUAUCAAUGACGUCGUCGCUUGGAUCAGAGAGCAAUCUGUCACGCAGGACGACUACACGAGAUUUGGGUCGAGGUGGAGUUGUGCUUUUUGGAGCAUUCGUGUUCUAGAGCAGCUCAUGGAUCUCUGUGGGUGCGAUCAAAAGAUUGAGGAUGACGUGUAUUUAAGGGUGGCGGCGUUGGGCGAGAGGUUGAAGAUUCACCCCGAUUCGUCCUUGGUCCAUACCAUAAUCAGAAACGAGUACUACAAGAUGCCAUACAUUCUCACCGUCUGUUCCAAUACAGAACUCAUACAGAGCACUCCUACACCAGGUCUUCAUCACACUGUUGGUAUCUCCAUUUCCUCCUCGCACAUAUUCUCAUAUACUGACUACCCUUGCAUGCCCAUACAUCCUCACUUUCCCCACGAAUUGUCCCUGUCCCACAUAGCGCAGACGAUGCCAACCCCAGGUAGUUUUGCCACCACAGUCUACUCCCAAUGGUUCACUACCCCUAAACUCGACCCUAAACUCUCCUUCGCUGGUCAAACUGUCAUCGUCACCGGCUCCAACGUCGGUCUCGGAUUCCAUGCCGCACAACAGAUCACUCAACGCGGCGCGUCGAAGGUCAUCCUUGCCGUCCGUGCGCCCUCGAAAGGUGAGGCCGCAGCCCAAGAAAUUCGCUCUAGUCUCCCCAAGGCUUCGAGCGAGAGUACGGUGCUGGAGGUUUGGCCGCUCGACCUUUCUUCGUAUCAGAGCGUGAAGGACUUCGGGGUUCGAGCCAACAACGAACUGGACAGACUGGACGUCCUCCUCGAAAGCGCAGGCGUUGCGAAACUGAAGUUCGAACUCGAAGAAGAUGAUGAAUCAGAGAUCAAGACGAACGUCCUCUCCACGACGUUGCUUGCGCUGCUUCUGAUCCCGAAGCUGAAGGAGACGGCGAUGAAAUAUGGAGUCACUCCCCGCCUAUCUAUCGUCUCGAGUGAACUAGCCUUUCAUGCGAAGUUCAAGGAGUGGAGGGCACAGAGGAUAUUUGGUCCUGAUGGAGGAUUGGUGGAUCCGAAGGCGGACAUGAUAGAUCGGUAUAACGUCUCCAAACUCCUCGAAUUAAUUGUCGUCCGCCAACUCGCUCUACACAUCUCCCGCACCUCCUCCCCAUCUUCCUCCGACAGACCUCUAGUAAUAAUCAACUCCCUUACACCCGGCGCCUGCAAAUCCUCUCUCAACCGUAACGUCUCCGGCAUCUUUCUCCAUAUCAUCCUUGGCAUCAUAGGUGUUAUCAUACCCAAACGCGAAACCGCUGUCGGUGCUCGUGUGCUGGUCUAUGCUGCUGGUGGCGCUGGAGCGGAGUCGCACGGGCAGUUCUUGAGGGACUGUAGGGUUUAUCCGUGGCCUUUGGAUGUUCAUAAAGGGAAGUGGGGUGAUGCGGAGCAAUUGAGUAAGAGAGUUUGGGAGGAGAUGAUGGAGAAGUUAGAGAAGGUUGUCCCGGGGGUUUCCAAGAAUGUUUGA